AUGUUUGACAGUGGUCAGUGUGUGUCAGAGAGCGGCAUAAUCCCCCUUCUGCUAUUUGUCUACAUCUUCACCUUCCUGAUGGGGGUCCCUGCCAACAUCCUGGCAUUCUGGACUUUCUGCCGCAAGGUGCGCACCCGGGCAGCGCCCAUCGACGUCCUCCUUCUCAACCUCACCAUCUCCGACCUCAUUUUCUUGGCUUUCCUGCCCUUCAAAAUGAAGGAGGCCACGGACAACAUGGCCUGGGUGCUGCCCUUCCCGCUUUGUCCGCUUAGCGGCUUCGUCUUCUACGUCACCAUCUACAACAGCACCCUGCUGCUCACCGCCGUGGGUGUGGAGCGCUACUUGGGCGUGGCCUACCCGCUCAGGUACGCCCUGUGCCGCAGGCCUCGCUACGCCGUGGUGGCCUGUGUGCUCUUCUGGGUGGUGACCUCCCUGAAUCUCAGCAUUGUUUACAUCAUGCCUUACGCUCAGUGGGAAAAUGACACAGCCAAGCCUCCGUCUACCUGCUACUUGAAAUUCAACGACGCCGAGCUCGAUAUCCUAGUGCGGGUCCGCCUGGAGCUCUUCCUUGUUCUCUUCUGCAUCCCCUUCAUCAUCUGCUGCUUUUGCUACGUCAACUUCAUCCUCAUCCUGUCGCGUCUGCCCAACAUCAGCAGGCGGCGGAGGCUGCGGGCCAUCGGACUGGCCCUCGGCACCCUGGUGGUGUUUGCCGUUUGCUUCGGGCCUUACAAUGCCUCCCACGUGGUGGGCUACGCGCGGCAGGAGAGCGAGGAGUGGAGGAACGUGGCGUUGCUUUCGAGCACACUCAAUGCCUGCCUUGAUCCUUUCAUCUUCUAUUUUUCUUCAGCCGCUGUUAGGAGCAUGCUAAAACACUGCUUUAAGAAUGUUGCGGCGAAGCUACACAUCCUGCGGUGUGGGUGACUUCCUGCUCAAACCGCAGCGGACAAUAGCAUCAGCCGAGGAUGUUCUUACGAUGUCCUUGCGUUAUGUAGACCACUCACCAAUUGUGUUAUAGUUCACGCAAACUAAUCUGAAGACAUUUUUAUGAAUGAAAUAAAAAUGAAUAGGAG